AUGAUUUUUGCUACAUGUUGUUGUGGUCAUUUAGUACAUGAAAAUUGUGAUAUGAUUGAAAAAAAUCAAUUUCCUUCGGUUCCAGAACGACAAACGCCAUCAUUAACAAGUAAUAAUAAUAAUAAUGCUGGUACGAAAAUGAAUCCUAUUGUUACACCGAUAAUCGGUGAUACAAAUAAUGUUAAUUACCAUCCUAUUUUGUCAGAUACACAAUCAGCACCAACGCCAACCACUUGGUCAAUACAAGAAGAUUCAUCGACUAGUAAUACAACGGGUACAAUACGAAUGCAAAACAACACAAAAAGAUUUGAAGUUAAUUGUUUUGAAAGCACGACUAACGAGUGA